AUGUUUAGUCAAUUGGUUGGAACUACACGAAAUGUUGAGAAUGAUUGGAAAACAGGAGAAAAGAUACCAUAUCUCUGCUUGGCGAAGACAUUCGAAGGUAUUGAAGCCACAUCAUCACGGUUGGAAAUAGUUAAAAUAUUGGCCAGUUUUUUUAUGAAAGUAAUAGAACGAACGCCAAGCGAACUGGCAACUUGUGUUUAUUUGUGUGUGAAUAAACUUGGCCCAACAUAUGAAGGAAUGGAGUUGGGCAUUGCUGAAGGAGCUUUAAUGAAAGCCAUCGCCCAAGCGACUGGUCGUAAGAUUGAUAAACUGAAGGAGGAUCUAAACCAAAAAGGAGAUUUGGGUUUGGUUGCGCAAAUGAGUCGAAGUAAUCAGCGUAUUUUGUUUACUCCGGCUCCUCUUACUGUAACUGCAGUUUUUCAUAAACUGCAAGAUAUGGCAAAAACUUCCGGACAUAUGGCAAUGAAUAAAAAAGUGGAUAUGAUCAAAUCACUUUUGGUUUCAUGUCGUGACUGUGAAGCUCGUUAUCUGAUAAGAUGUCUGAGCGGGAAGCUGCGAAUUGGUUUGGCAGAACAAUCAAUACUUGCAGCUCUUGCAAACGCAUUCACUGAUUUUGAAAUCAAAAAAACUGGUGAAAAACUGAGCUGUGAAAAAAUGAAGGAACGGCAAGCAGAGGAUAUAUUACUAUUGAGGAGUACAUACAGCGAGUGUCCAGAUUAUGAAAAAGUAGUCGCAGCGGUGCUGAAUGGUGGUCUGUCGAAGUUACCAGAAAAAUGCAAAAUCACACCAGGUAUACCUGUAAAACCCAUGUUAGCACAUCCAACAAAAGGAAUUGCUGAAGUGCUAAAACGUUUUGGUGGAUCUGUUUUCGCUUGCGAAUUUAAAUACGAUGGCGAAAGAGCUCAAAUACAUUAUGAUUCAUCUGGUAUUAAAAUAUUCAGUCGGAAUCAAGAAAAUAAUACUGACAAAUAUCCGGAUCUGAAAGAACUUUUAAAACAGAUUAUGGAUGAGGAGACGACAUCUUUUAUUAUUGAUUCGGAAAUUGUUGCAUUUGAUCCUAUACACGAAACGAUUUUACCUUUUCAGAUUCUUUCCACGAGAAAGAGGAAGAAUGUAGGUGACAGUGAAAUUAAAGUUAAAGUCCAUGUAUUUAUGUUCGAUUUGUUAUUCUGGAACGGCCAGUCACUAACUAAAUCUCCGUACCGAAAGCGACGAGAAAUGUUGCAACGGCAUUUUAAGGAAGUGGGAGGUGUAUGUGGAUUUGUUGCAUCCAAAGAUACGGAAGACACGGAACAGAUUUCCGAAUUUCUAGACGAUGCCAUAAAAGGUAACUGCGAGGGACUUAUGAUCAAAACGCUUGAUGUUGAUGCUACGUAUGAAAUAGCGAAACGAUCACACAGUUGGCUAAAGCUUAAAAAGGAUUAUUUGGACACAAUUGGAGAUACUGUUGAUCUCACCGUUAUUGGUGCAUUCUUUGGUACGGGUAAAAGGACAGGUGUUUAUGGUGGUUAUUUACUGGCAUGCUAUAAUCCAAUAAAUGAAGAAUACGAAAGUAUUUGCAAGAUUGGUACAGGUUUAACUGAUGAUGACCUUCGCCAACAGCACCAGUACUUUGAAGAACUCAGGAUCGAAAAGGCUCGUCCUUAUUAUUCUUACGAUAGCUCAUUGAAACCAGAUGUAUGGUUUGAUCCGAAAAUUGUCUGGGAAGUGAAAGCAGCUGAUUUGUCAAUAUCUCCUAAACAUUUUGCUGCCAGAGGAAUCGUAGAUCUGGAAAAAGGGAUCUCACUGCGAUUUCCUCGAUACAUUCGGAGACGUACUGAUAAAACACCGGAGGAAGCUACCACUUCACAGCAGAUAGCGGAUAUGUACAACAACCAGGAACAGAUCAAAAAUAAAGUAGCAAGUAGUGCUAAUGAUGAUAAUACUGAUGACUACUACUGA